UUAUUAUUAUUAGCUCUUCAACAAACGCCAAAAGAAUCACCAAAAGUUCUAUUCAAGAUUGUCACCAAUCAUCCUGAACCAAAGGUUUAUACGUUUCAGUUUAUCUCUCCCAAAGGUCUGAUUGAACGCGAAGGUAUCAAAGCACAAGUGACUGAAUUAUGGGCGAAAGCACGCGGAGCUACACCAUCGGCUAUGGGAACACCAGCACCAUUAACACCAUCCGCUGGAAUAGGAUCACCGGGAACACCAUCAGCAGCAACUACACCAUCAGCAGCACAAUCACCUCUAGGUAAUUCGUCAGUAGCAUCUACACCACAAUUACAACCAUCCACACCACAACAACUACCGACUGGUGCAUCCACUCCUUCUUCUACCGCAGCCACUCCAGCAACAGGAACACCUUCCCCUGCUUCUUCGGGAAUGUCUCUCAGUCGUAAACAGGAAUUCAAAGAUCGCAAAGAACUUUUAUCCAGCAGUCGUGAAUUACAAAAAUUACAUAUGGAACUUGUAGUAUCUGGUAAAAUUGUAUCAGAAGAAGAAUUCUGGUCUAGUGCUUAUGUGAAACGAUAUCGACAAAAACUCAAACUGGAUGCUGUUUCAAGAGAAGGUCGUCUCAAAGGAAGAUCAUCACGUAUGGUGGAACUCAAACCUGGUCAACAAGAAGGUUCGGAUGUCAAGUAUACUUUGACCAGUCAAACAAUACAUAAUAUAUUUACGGAAUACCCCUCAGCCUCUGAAUUCUUUCAUCGAUCACGUACUGGUAGCCGAUCUCAACUCACACCUUAUGAUGACAUAUUUGACCAAUGUCUACAAGAAGAAGAUGAUGAAAACGCCAAAGCUCCUGAUAUCUCAAAAAUGGAUAGAAUUAAAAGAACUAUUGAUUUAGAGGCAUCUAUUGAAGAUCAUAUAGAGGGUGGCAAUGCUCCAGACUUCACUAUGGUGGCAGGUCGAAAUGCCCAAAUCUUACCAUUAAUUCGACGAUUCAACAGACAUGCAAAUUUGACAAAUGAUGCACCGCCUGAAAAGAUUAUAUUGGAUAUUCAAGAUACUUCACGUUACUUUGAAAGUCAAAGCAAUGAACAAAAAACAAAUCAAAUUGAUCUCAAGGUAAUAAGGAAAAAAAAAAAAAAAGAAAUUGGGAAUCAAAUAGGAUAA